GCCGUCUUACAAAGCACUGCCCGCGCGUCUGCGUGUCUGGAGGGCACGAUUCCUGCUCGCGUCUCUCCGGGCGUCCGUGUCCUCGGUCACCAGAUGCGGUGACCUGCCCGCCCCGCGGUGGCCUCGCUCCUCCAGCCGCCCCCUCUGCCCACGACCCGGGGGGCCCGCCCCUGGCGCCACCGGCCACCAUGUCGACCUCGUCGCUGCGGCGCCAGAUGAAAAACAUCGUCCACAACUACUCGGAGGCCGAGAUCAAGGUCCGCGAGGCCACGAGCAACGACCCCUGGGGCCCGUCCAGCUCGCUCAUGUCUGAGAUCGCCGACCUCACCUACAACGUCGUCGCCUUCUCGGAGAUCAUGAGCAUGAUCUGGAAGCGGCUCAACGACCACGGCAAGAACUGGCGGCACGUCUACAAGGCCAUGACGCUGAUGGAGUACCUCAUCAAGACGGGCUCGGAGCGCGUGUCGCAGCAGUGCAAGGAGAACAUGUACGCCGUGCAGACGCUCAAGGACUUCCAGUACGUGGACCGCGACGGCAAGGACCAGGGCGUCAACGUGCGGGAGAAGGCCAAGCAGCUGGUGGCCCUGCUGCGCGACGAGGACCGGCUGCGGGAGGAGCGGGCCCACGCGCUCAAGACCAAGGAGAAGCUGGCGCAGACCGCCACGGCCUCCUCCGCAGCAGUGGGCUCUGGGGGCCCGCCCGAGGCCGAGCAGGCGUGGCCGCAGAGCAGCGGGGAGGAGGAGCUGCAGCUGCAGCUGGCCUUGGCCAUGAGCAAGGAGGAGGCGGACCAGCCCCCGUCCUGCGGCCCCGAGGAUGACGUCCAGCUCCAGCUGGCCCUUAGUUUGAGCCGAGAGGAGCACGAUAAGGAGGAGCGGAUCCGCCGUGGGGAUGACCUGAGGCUGCAGAUGGCCAUAGAGGAGAGCAAGCGGGAGACCGGGGGUCAGGAGGAGUCGUCCCUCAUGGAUCUCGCUGACGUCUUUACGGCCCCGGCUCCUCCGACGGCUUCGGACCCCUGGGGGGGCCCAGCCCCCAUGGCCACUGCCAUUCCCACAGCCACCCCUGCCUCGGACCCUUGGGGGGGACCUCCUGUUCCUCCAGCUGCUGACCCCUGGGGUGGUCCGGCCCCUACCCCGGCCUCCGGGGACCCCUGGAGGCCCGCUGCCCCUGCGGGGCCCCCGGCUGACCCUUGGGGGGGGACCCCGGCUCCCGCAGCUGGAGAGGGGCCCGCCCCUGACCCGUGGGGGAGCUCAGACGGUGGGGCCCUGGUUGGUGGACCCCCAGCUGCUGACCCCUGGGCCCCAGCCCCGGCCUUCUCGGACCCCUGGGGCGGGUCACCGGCCAAGCCCAGCACCAACGGCACUGCAGUGGUCGGGGGCUUCGACGCAGAGCCUGACGAGUUCUCCGACUUUGACCGACUACGCACAGCCCUGCCGACCUCAGGGAGCAGCACAGGGGAGCUGCAGCUGCUGGCCGGGGAGGUGCCCGCCCGCAGCCCCGGGGCCUUCGACAUGAGCGGGGUCGAGGGCUCUCUGUCCGAGGCGGUGGGGAGCCCCCCGCCCAAGGCUGCCCCGACCCCCACGCCGCCCACACGGAAGACGCCGGAGUCGUUCCUGGGGCCGAACGCAGCCCUCGUGGACCUGGACUCCCUGGUGACUCGGCCGGGCCCCACGCUCCCGGGAGCCAAGGCCUCCAACCCCUUCCUGCCCAGCGGAGCCCCGGCCACCGGCCCCUCCGUCACCAACCCCUUCCAGCCCGCACCCCCUGCGACGCUCACCCUGAACCAGCUCCGGCUCAGCCCCGGGCCCCCGGUCCCGGGGGCGCCACCGACAUACAUCUCUCCCCUGGGCGGGGGCCCAGGCCUGCCCCCCAUCCUGCCCCCGGGCCCUCCGGCCCCCAACACUAACCCCUUCCUCCUAUAAGCCGGGCUGGGGGCUUGGCCCGGCCCGCCCGCCCCGGGACACCAGUGUUGUGAGUGCAUGUGACGGGCCCAGCCCUCCCUCCGGGGCCACUCACACUACACCUCUCCCCUCCCCCACGCCCGAGAGACCUGGGGGCGGGGCGGUGCGGCAGAGGGGCCUCCGUGGCAUUAGGAGGGACCAGGCCCCGCCCCCUCCCGCUCCUGACCGGCCCCUGAUCAGUGUUGAGCCUCCUCCCCGCACAUCCUCGGUGAAUCCUUGGUGAUGAUUUUGGCAACUUCGGGAAUAAAUGGCAAUUCUCAUGGG